UUUUCUUUUUCUUUCUUUUCUCUCACUUAUAUACACACCAAUUCACUCAUAUAUACGCGUUAUGGCAACUAUCAAAGAAAUUGGCAAUGCCACUGUUUUUCAGCAACUUAUCACUUCUGUUCCUGCCGAUAAACUCGUUGUCAUUGACUUUUAUGCUACGUGGUGUGGACCCUGUAAGAUGAUAGCUCCUUUUGUCGCCCAAUUGACUAGUCGAUAUCGUCAUGUCCAGUUUGCAAAGAUUGAUGUAGAUAAAGUGAAUGAUGUUGCUGCUCAGUGCAAAGUCAGUGCCAUGCCUACGUUCCAAUUUUAUAAAGGUGGAAAGAAGAUUGCUGAAUUGAAGGGCGCAAAUCCAACUCAACUUGAACAGUAUGUCAAACAAUACCAAGGUACACAAGAUGUUUCCUCUUCUUCUUCUAGUGCUACAGGUGGUAACAAUCAUGCCUUUGCUGGUGCUCCUGGUCAUAACGAUCUGACUGAUGUCAUCACUCCAAACCAAAUGGAUGCUUUGAAUCAACAAGAAGAUCAUAAUGUCAAAAAUAUUUUCAAAGGAGAUGACUCAUUUUUGGAAAGUGAUGUAGAUGAACAACUCAUCAUCAGUGUACCAUUCAAUCAACCUGUUAAACUUCACUCUUUGAAAUUCAAAGUACCUGAAAUUGCUAAAGCUCCAAAGACUAUCAAGGUCUUUGCCAAUCGACAAAAUAUUGGUUUCGAAGAUGCAGACUCAAUCAAGGAAACUCAAACUAUUGUAUUAGAACCCAAGGAUUUUGAAGAAGAUGCUAUUAUAAAUUUGCGAUUUGUAAAAUUCCAACACAUUGUGAACAUUACUUUAUUUGUGGUUGAUAAUCAAGAAGAUGAAGAAACUACUGCCAUUCAACAACUUAUUUUUAUCGGAUCAACUGUCGAAUCUACUAAUAUGGGUGAUUUGAAGAAAGUGGGAGAAGAAGAAUAAUAAGGCACAAGAAAACAAGCACUUACACAUAUACACAUCAAGAAUAGUUUAUAGUUGAUCUUUUUUUUUGAAAUCAUUUUAUUAUUAUUUUUUAUUAUUCAAUAAAG